ACACUUUACGUGAUGAAAAUCCCACAAAUAAGCGAGCUGGUGAAACUUGGAUGAGAUAUAACCAUAAAGCUUACUAUAGAAUUCUACAACCUAUGAUUGCUAUAUUUUGUGACUCGUCAAUACUCCGACGAAGAGCUGAAGUGCUUAUUGAUGGAGAAGUGUAUGAGACUCUUCAUUAUCAAAGACCAUUCAAUCAAGCACAAAUUGAUUAUGUCUUUGAGACCUUAUUAAGUAUGUGUCACGUUGGCGGCAAAAGCUUCUUAAAAGCAAUUCAAAAAACAGUUGAUAAAGUUGACAUAUUUUCUAAAUGUAGUUGGUUGCCUGAAAACAUUCCAUCUUUAACUUAUAGCGAAAUACUUUUACACUUGGUGUUAACCUCGGUUAUUACUAUUAGCUCUUUUGAUGAAAAUGUUAUAUCUGGAUCAUCGUCAUCAACAUCCAACUCGAUACCCUAUAUAAUACAAUUAUCAGUUUUGUUAAAUGCUAUUUCAAAACUAUCAAAUCGACCACUUUUGCAAGAAUGGAUGGAUUUCAUACAAAUGUCUUUGCCAUACUUUCGACAGUCUUUUAACAUUAUUCUAGUACCUUUAAUUCGAUCUCUUUGUGAACAAUUGAGUAAGUGGAAAACAGAUACACAAAAUCAUUACACCAUUAUAGCUCAUAUUGGUAAACCUACACCAGUUGAAUGUAAAACAUCACAUCAUGAUUCAGCGACAAAAUCAAGUAGAGUGAGUGAUCUUUACAACUCAGGCACUGCAUUAAAAUUUUUUGGUGUAUUCCUUGGUAAAAUUUCCCCAGUUUCAAAAAAUGCAAUGAUUAAGGAUUUAGAAUAUUAA